AACGGGACUCUUAACUUAGUACCCACUAGACUCGUCAUGGCCGCUUGACCCAGGCUCACAUUUCCUUCUGUCGUUAUUAUUUGUUCGAAUGGUUUGCACAAAGUUUUCCGGAUAAACUUCCGUCUUUCGCAUAGUUUUUAUGUCAAGAAAUAAGAAUGCAACCCCCACCGAGAAAGGUCCGGGUCACCCAGGAGUUGAAACAUACUCAUGCAGAGCAGCUGAGCAGAUUACACAUGAAACACCAGACAGAGUGUGACCUCCUGGAGGACCUGAGGACGUUUAGCCAGAAGAAGGCAGCUGUAGAGAGGGACUAUGCCCAGGCCCUGCAGAAGCUGGCUAAUCAGUAUCUAAAGAGGGAAUGGCCAGACAGCCCAUCAGAGGAGCAGGCAGACCACAGGAACAUGUACUGUGUAUGGAGAGCCUAUUUGGAGGGCACGGUCCAGGUCACCCAGUCCAGGAUCAGCGCUUGUGACAACUACAAAGUGCAGGUCGCCGAUCCGGCCAAGACGGCCCGGCUGCACAAGGAGCAGCAGCUGAGGAAGUGUAUUGAACAGCUGACGGUGGUCCAGGCCGAGCUGCAGGAGUCGGUGAAGGAGCUGACCAAGAGCAGGAAGAAGUAUCAGGAGACGGAGGCCAUGGCCCAGGCUGUCCGGGAGAAGGCGGAGUUGGAUGCCAAGUCCAAGCUGAGUCUCUUCCAGUCGAGAUCCAGUCUGCAGAGGGCAAGUGUGAAACUGAAAGCCAAGAGGAGUGAGUAUAACUCCAAAGCCACCCACGCCAGAAACGACUAUCUGCUCACGCUGGCGGCGGCCAACGCUCACCAGCAGCGCUACUACGACACAGACCUGAUGGAUUGCAUGAAGGUCUUAGACGGCAGAAUCUACGAGCAGGUGAAGGACUACCUGGUGUCUCUGUGUCAGACCGAGCUGGAAACCUACCAGGCCGUACACAACACCUUCAGCCACCUCCUGAGCAGCUCCCAAGGUGUGCUGCAGGAGUUUCAUCAGCAGCUGUUUGUGCAGAAGAACCUCCUGUUCCAGCAAGCCGCAGACUUUGUGUUCCAGCCCAGCGACUCGGACACGGUGAGGCAGCUGCAGAAGGAGAGCGGCACGGCGGAGGAGCACAGCCUGGACAAGGAGGCGAGGAAGUGGGCAAGCCGAGUGGCACGAGAAUACAAGAGCAUCAUCCACACGCAGAGGGCCCUGGAGGAAUAUGGGACCCAGGAGGCCUCGGAGCAAAACAACAGCGAGCUGGAGACCAAGAUGGAGGUGGCCAGGCAGAGUCUUCGCAGGGCAGAGACUGUGAAAGUGAAGGCGGAGGCCCGUCUGGACCUGCUGCGGCAGGCAGGCGUUGCUGUUGAAACGUGGCUGAAGAGCGCCAUGAACCAGGUGAUGGAGGAGCUGGAGAACGAGCGCUGGGCCAACCUCAGUACCCACGAUCCCUCACUCUCUGGAACGGCGGAUUUGGAGCGAGAGGACGAGGAGGAGAUGGAGGACAGUGGUGAAGUGCUGGACGACAGCAGCUCCAGUCCCUCGAGCACGUUGAGGAAUUACCCGCUCACCUGCAAAGUGCUCUACUCCUACAAGGCGUCUCAGCCGGACGAACUGACCAUCGAGGAGCAGGAAGUCCUGGAGGUCAUCGAUGACGGAGACAUGGAGGACUGGGUGAAGGCCAGAAACCGCAGUGGGCAGGUCGGCUAUGUCCCAGAGAAAUACCUGCAGCUACCCUCCUCCAACAGCCUGCUGAGUAUGCUGCAGUCUCUGGCAGCCCUGGACGCCCGAUCCCAUUCCUCCAGUAACUCCACUGAACCUGAAACCGAACCCCCAACUAGCACUGUCAACGGAGACUCCAAUGUGUCAUUCGCGAAGGCCCUGUACGACUACGCGGGCCAAACGGACGAUGAACUGUCCUUCCCGGAGGGCGCCAUCAUCCGCAUCCUGAGCAGAGAGACCCACGAGGACGAUGGCUUCUGGGAAGGAGAGUUUAACGGCGUGGUCGGCGUCUUCCCGGCAGUCCUAGUGGAGGAUCUCAACGGUUCCGGCGAGAAUGGAUACGGGCAACGAGAUGGCAACACACAGGCUUCCCUUUCCGCUUUGGCCCAGAGUGACCGAUCCCCCCGUAGUCCCUUCCAGCUGGGGCCUUUCCACAGCAGCCCGCUCCAGACGCCCACCCUGGCCUCUCCUCAGUCAAGCCCCUCCAGCGCCGCCACUUCCCCUAUUGGCCGACCCCCCUCCUAUCUCAACGGUCAUCAUCGGCCACCGCCAGCACCGCACAAAAGCGCCUUUCACAGUCCAGCCCAAGGCUCCUCUCAGCAGCCUCCCAAGUACCCUGAUGGUGGCUCCGGCACCAUUCGCCCUGUCCGUGCUGCUCCGCCCCCCCCUAAGCAGCACCCUCGUGGGCAGGUGAAGAGGAGGGAGGAGGUGGAGAUCACCCUGGUGUAACGAUGUCACCCCAGCGGUGGCGGCAGCUCCGUUCGAACCAGACGGGACCUGGUUGGGUCUCGGCCUCUUGACGCCCUCCCAGACGAAAACAGAGGAAACUUGGACCCCGUGAAGCAGCCUGGCGGCCAGGAGAGGCCCCGCGAUUUGUUUUCUCUUCUUUUUUUUGGUCACACAGCACAGUGUAACGACUAUUAGGGUUAGCGCGGUGAGGAGGAACCAACUGUUGUGCCUUUCGGUCUCUGAACUCCUCUCUUUUGUUUUUAUUUUCCUGUCCCGCUUGUUUUUUUGUUUGUUUUUUUCAUUAUUUGCUUCUUGCGCUUCUUCUGGAUCUUUACACUUCCUUGUCUAGUGUUUUGUCUGUGAGGGUUUGACUGAUAUGAAGUCAGUAUUUUCCUUUUUAUUACCAAUCAGAUAUGAGUCAGUGUCGUCCACCUCUUUAUUCCUUAUUCCUUAUUUGGAUUGCCAUUAAUCUUCCUGGGCUCCACGAAAAAAAUAGCAACAAUAAAAACAAGCAAUUAUUAAAAUCACACUGUAUAAAUAACGCAAAAAGACUAAAACAAGCUAAAUGUAAAGAUCAGUAAAUACGUCAAAUAAGUCCACAUAUGAAAUAACAGAAAAGUAACCUACAGUGAAAACAAAAAAUAAAUCAAAUGUCAAAUACGCAACAACAAAAAGCAAAGAAAUUCAAACAAUCCAAACUAGUGAGACAGAAAAAAACACAAUUAUAUCCAAAAGAAAUUCAUCAGUUUCUGUUUUGAUAAGCUUUUAAAAGAAAAUCUACUUGUAGUUUGUGUGUCCACCUCUGAUAUGGAUGUGAUACAGUUUAAUUGAUCACGUUUACUGGAUAAUUGAAUGCAACAAUCAGACAUGAUGUGUAUUUUUUUAUUACUGUUAUUACAAAUAAUAGAGAGUUUUAGAGUCCAAACUCUGUUUCAGAGGCUUUUUCUUCUGUGACAAGAAUAAAACUUGAAAAUAUAAAGGGAAAAUUGAAUAUUGGCACAACAUAGCAGUUAUUGGCAGCUUCGGCCCAAAACCAUCAGAAUCAGUGCUGACUUCUGAAAAACUCGUAUCAGUCAAACUCUUAUUUUCUAAAUGCUUCUGUUCCUCUCUGCUGUCAGUCGUAGCAACUGAUAAUGUAAUAACUGGUCUAUAAUAACCUGAAGAAAAGGAAUAAACUCUAAAUGUCGCUCUGAAUGGACUGAAAACAUAACAAAACCCGUUGAUGUGUAACAUCACAUUGAUAAAUGAUUUAGUGGUGUUUGAUUCAUUUUAAAUUCACAAUACAGUAAUGACUAAUGGUGCAACAACUGAAGUUAAGGCUUUCUUAUGAGUUAUUACAUAAUUCAUCACUAGAUUAAAAACUGCUAUAAAUGUUGCAUUCUGGAUAAAAUAAUAAUUACAAGUUAAUGUAAUAUAAUUUUAUUAUGUUGUCUAGAAAUUCACGUUUUCUUUCUUUCUUUUUUUUUACCCCAUUCAGAGAGACAUUUUUAUAAUAUUUUAAUAAUAAAUCAUCACAUUGUCGGCCAGUUGUAACCUCAGUUGCUACGUGGCUCUUUCUCUCUUCGAUAGUCGGGCAUUGAGCUGCGCGAGUCUCGCCUCGAUUUGAGUUUUCACAAUUGGAUUACUAUGCAACAGAGAUACGCCUGGCGAGACAGAGCAGAAUUUUCCUUUGCCUUUUUUGUUUUGUUUUGUUUUGUUUUUGGUUUUUUGCUCCAGCCCAAACCAAAAGUCUGGUUGUCUCCAUGCAUGAUUUAAAAACCUCCUACCUGACAGAGGCUGGUCCUCUCCUUUUUUUUUUUUUUUUUUUUUUUUUUUUUUAAAUACAAGCAACUGGACACAAAGUUUCACAAACAAGGGAAAAGUGGCAAUUUUAGUCGGGGGAUUGUUGUCGCAGUAGCUAGAAUCUCCUGCUUGAGGAAUGUUGUCUGAUCAAAACUAUGGAUCCCCUACCUUUUUUUUUUUGUUUAAUAUCAAAGCAACCCCCCACCUCCCACCCCUUUUAUUAUGACCGUUUUCUUUGCACCAAAUGCUAAGAAAUUCUGGGGGGGGGGUACAUAUAGUGCGAAUGAAUAUAUGUAGUGUUUUUUUUGUGUUGUGUUGUAAAAUAAGGAUGUAGCUAUGUUGUUAUGAAUACUAAUCUAGGCCUCAACUAGCCAGUAAAGGUUGCUGGUGGGAGUAGCUGUCUGGUGGGAGUUCGGUGGGCGUUUCGGAGCGGGGGCGCGGCUGGCCACAGUUCAUGUUGCGGUGAUGCUCGGUUUGUCGGGAGCAUCCAGACUCGCCUUCACAGUUUGAGGAGGAGAACAUCCUGAGCUGGCAGCUGUCCAGUUGAAAUGUAUACAGACUGUCAUACUGAAGCACUUUUUGACAUCUUUUUAUUCCUUUUCAGUAUUGCUGUUUGGUCUCUGUUGUGGAUGCUACGUUGUUCCUUUUUUUUUUUUCUCAUUUGACAUUUUGUUUACCAGCUAUAUUGGUAUGAAUAUGUUUAACUGCUCUUGAGUUAUUUAGCCUUAAAUAGCCGUUGUAGUGUCCUUUGGUUGAGACUGAGGUAUGAUCUUUUCAUUGUAUCGUUGAAAUAUUGAAAUAUCAAUAGUUUACAGAGUGUUUGGAGAUGGAUAUCUGUACAAACAGUGCAGUGAAAUUGUUUUUUUUUUUUUUUUUUUUUUUUUUUUUUUUAGAAUUAGGGUAAAACCUAUUGAAACGUAGUUCAAUUCGAUCAUAGGAAAAGAGAUAUCUGUCAGCCACGUUGCUGUGUUCUCGUUGAUCUCCUUGAGAUCUGAAUGUCAUCAAACUUAUUUUUGAAGUUUACAUGUACCCUGUUCUAUUGAAAGAAGAUAGUCGUCAGACUGAAGCCUCUUUUCCCAAUAGAAAAGUUGAUUGUUGAUGAACUUGCUACUGGUCCUGAUUCAGUUUGCCUUAUUUUGGGGUUGAGGGGGCUCGUAAUCUAAAACUGAAAUUCAGUUACAAACUGCCCACGUUUCCAUAAUGUAAGGUCUGCAGAGGUUUUUGAGCAUCACAAUUAUACACCAGUGGAUGUUAAACUGUAUUUAUUGUGUACAAAUAAAUGUGAAAUAAAAUAGCUGAAAUAAAACACUAA